AUGCUGUCUCCGUUGGUGCUUGUCGUUCUUGUCUCAUAAUGCCUCUGACAGGACACAUUUGUUCUGGUAUUACUCAUGUGUCGUGUGUGUGAGUUGCAUAAUUUUCUAAAUGGCGUCUGGAGUCCAACUGCAUUAGUGUUUCAUAAAUGGUGUGAUUAUAUUCUUCUGUGCUAAAGGUGGAUAUUGUGCGCCUAAUAUAUCGCACAGGCAAAGGAACGUCUCGACUCGAGGCCCCUGAAGCUCAAAGUCCGACAAGCCUUGUGUUUCAGACGGGACUCCUGCCAUUACUGUGGUUGAGUUCUCCUCGCACCAGAUGAGGGACGAUGUUGGCCAUGGAUCAAGGCGUAGUGGAGGAGUGGCUGUCUGAGUAUAAGACUCUUCCAGAGACGGCCGUCUCCAGCUAUGCCGCCUCUCUGAAGGACAAGGGCUCUCUGGUUCCAGCGCUUUACAGAGUUAUACGGGAAAAUUACAGUGAUCUGCUGGAGCCGGUGUGUCAUCAGUUGUUCGAGUUUUACCGCAGCGGCGAGCCGCGUCUUCAGCGCUUUACUCUGCAGUUCUUGCCGGAGCUGGUGUGGAGUUACCUGUCCGUCACGGCCUGCCGAGACCCGCACUGCAGCGGCUGCAUCGAGGCGCUUCUGCUCGGCAUAUACAACCUGGAAAUCGUUGACAAAGACGGGCAGAGUAAAGUGCUGUCGUUCACCAUCCCUUCCUUAUCCAAGCCGUCAGUUUACCACGAGCCGUCCUCGUUUGGCUCUCUGGCCUUGACGGAAGGAGCCUUAGCCAAUCACGGUUUGAGUCGAGUGGUUUACAGCGGCCCGCACCUGCAGCGAGAGACCUUUACGGCACAGAACAGGUUUGAAGUCCUGACGUUUCUGCUGCUGUGUUAUAAUGCGGCUCUGAGCUACAUGACCAGCUCGUCCCUGCAGUCUCUGUGUCAGCUCAGCUCAAGAGUUUCUAUCUGUGGUUAUCCAAGGCAACAGUUGCGGCGGUAUAAAGGCAUCAGCGCACGGCUGAUGGUCACGUCUGAGUUCCUGGUUCAGCUCAUCACGGGGAUUCAUUUUGCACUGUGUAACGGCGAAGUGGACCUGGGCUCCAAGGCUCUGGAUGAUGUGCUGUACCGGUCUCAGCUGGAGCUCUUCCCAGAAGCCCUGCUGGUGGGAAACGCCAUCAAAUCAUCUCUUCACGGCGCUACUCUGAAGUCCAAUAAGGAGGGCACUCGGUCCAUCCAGGUGGAGAUCACUCCCACCGCCUCCCGGAUCUCCAGGAACGCCGUGACCAGCCUGUCGAUCCGAGGACAUCGCUGGAAACGCCACGACGCAGUGGAUCUGGGUUCCCCGGAUGAGCUGACGGAGAUCGCGGAGGUGGACGAGGGAAUCUGCACACAGGCGUCCGGAGCUCAGGGUCAGGCCAGCCCCCCCACCAUCGUCAUCAGCAACAGCGGGGGCGGAGCCAAGCCGGCGGGAAAGGGUUUGCGUCGCCUGACGGGCAGAUCCAGCAAAGACAAGGAGAAAGAGAAGGACAUGGACCAGCUCACGCGCAAGCAGGCGGCCGUCCGCGCCAUGAGCGAGAACCUGGAGCUCCUGUCACUCAAACGCCUGACGCUGACGGCCAGCCAAUCGGUGCCCAAGAGCGGCUCGCUCAGCCUGUCGCGCACCGCCAGCGCCGUCUUCUCGCGCUCGUUCGAGCAGGUCAGCAACGUGUUCUCCGGCGGAAACCAGUCGUCGAGCCGCGCGUCCAGUCCCACGGCCAAUCACGCUGCUGACGGGGACGAGGGCGUGGCCUAUUCCGAGCACCUAAGCCCCGCCCACCAGCAUCGGCAGCGCUCGCCCACCAUAAGCAUCCACGUGACCUCUGACCUGUGACCUUCUGACUGCAGUAAUGCGACUCUAACACACACACAGGCACAAAACUGCACCUUACGGGAAAGUUUCGAGUUUUUUUCUUUUUGUCAGUUGUGUGUGAUCACCAAAGUCGUGUAUAUUUUUGAAGUAAGUGUUUUUAAAGCGAACUUGAACUUUUCCCAGUUUGUUCUUUAAGGUAUGAAGUCGAUCCAUGAAGUUUACACGCGGUGCUGUGUGUUUUUAACGCGGCGUCUGUCUGGGAGCGUUCACGAGAAGAUCACGCAUGUUGAACCGUGUGUGGUUUUCAUUUUAUGUGUCUCACACGUCUUCUGCAGUUCCCCCUGCUCUUAGUAUCCCAGCAUGCACUGGGCUUGAACCGAAGCCAUCAUUUCACACUGUUUCCAUGGGAAUUUGGAUGGACACCAAAACAACUGUGGCCGUCUUCGUUUACAUUGUUUUUCUUGCGGUUUUUGAAGAGCAAUAUUGUUUGAAUUGCUGUGUGUGAGGAUGCGCGAGGCCAUAAGAGAUGCAUUAUGGGAGUUCAGCAACUGAUGUCAUGCUUUUUCAAUGCAAAGCACUACGGCAGAGACCCAUAAAGCAGUGUGAUUAUAAGCCAGAAAUCAUUUCUUGAUAUAAAAAUGAAAGAGACAUUUUCUUUUUUUAUUGGUGCGUCAGUGCAUCAAUAUUUGUCUGGUUCUAUUAUAAUUAUAUUUUGGAAGACAUUUUUUUCUGGUCAAAAUGGUUUGUGCUUUUAAUUUGAAGUGGGUCAUCAAUAAGUGGUUGUGUCCGUAUUCAGAUUAUUUUGAGAAUGUGAAUAUUUUCUUGUGAACUGUAAAUAUUAUUGUACUAAAGUCGGUUUUUUUUUUGCCUUUCAUCAACAAAAUAACAUGGUUACAGUCUCUGAAAAUAAAUAUUUCUAUUUCAGCAUGCCUCUAGAUUUUUAUAUAGUUAAUGAUGUUUUUCGAAUCAACUUUCAAUGACGAUGGAUUUAUUCCUUCUGAACAGUUUUCAGAUUAAAUGAUUGAACAAAAGUGAUGUGUGAAUUUAUUUUGUAUUCAAAUUAAAUGUCUGUUUGUUAACAACGGGUUGUGUACAUAAUUAAUUACACUUUUUUUAGGGUUGGAAA